CUGCCCCGCCGCGGCUCUGCCUGCGCCGCCCCGCCAUGGAGCAGGGGCCGGCGGGGGGGUCAAGCGCUGCUGCCGCCGCCGCUGCUGCCGCUGCCGGCACCGGGGGUCUGCUCCUGCCCCUGAGCGAGACCGAGCAGCAGCGCUACUCCGAGCUCUUCUCGCGGUGCUGCCCGCCCCCCGAGGCGGCCGCCGGGGGCAGCAGCGUGGGCGAGCUGUUCCGGGCCUCCCAGCUGCCCCCCGACACUCUGCACCAGAUUACAGAAGUUUGUGGAGCCAAGCGUGUGGGUUAUUUUGGUCCUGCUCAAUUUUAUAUUGCUUUGAAGUUAAUUGCAGCAGCACAGUCAGGGUUCCCAGUACGGAUUGAGAGCAUUAAGAAUGAAUUGCCUCUGCCACGAUUUAUGGCGCUGAAAAAUGACACUGAAGUACGUUAUGGGACUCCAGCAGAACUCCAUGGAGUUAAAUUUCAGGUUCCACAUGCAACUUUGGAAAAAAAUUCCUACAAAAGAACAGAUGAAGGGGACAAACAGGAACCCAAGUCUCCUCCAAUGUCUCCAAUCUGCUCACCUCCUGCUUCUCCAUCUACUUACCAGAGAAUACCCCUAAGUUACGGAUAUGGUAAAGCAAGAAGUGGUCUGGAGCAGCAGCAUGGAGUUCCUUAUGAAGUCAGGCACUCUACUCACCAGCAAGAUGGACCAUCAUCAGGGAAUUACGGAGCCAAAUCUUCACUCACCUGUUCAACUCCUAAACGGUCUCUUUCAGUGGAGCGGGAGCAGCAGGAUAGCAGCACCCACUACUCAGAUGACCCUUGGAGGAUAACGGAGGAGCAGCGGGAUUACUACAUUAACCAGUUCAGGUCCCUGCAGCCCGACCUGAACGCCUUUAUUUCAGGUUCCGUAGCAAAGAAUUUCUUCACAAAAUCAAAGCUGCCCAUCCCAGAACUUUCUCACAUCUGGGAGCUGAGCGAUGUGGAUUGUGACGGGGCACUGACACUCCCGGAGUUUUGUGCUGCUUUCCACCUUGUGGUUGCGAGGAAGAAUGGUUACCAGUUGCCUGAGACACUGCCGGAGACGCUGCUGCCUGAGUACCUCCAAGCAGCUUCUUUGAAGCCCGUGCGUGACUGUGGCCUGUUUGAUUCUUAUUCUGAGCCAUUGCCAGGCAAUCAGCAGACCCGGGAAUUCAGUCGGACAGAGAAGUCAUCAGCUGAAGAGAUACCUGAUAACUCUGCCCUGUUACAAGAUGGAAAGAAAGACGACAAACAAGCUCUUAAAGUAAGCACUACUCUCAAAACUAUACCAAAGGAAUUUCAGCACUUGACUGUGAAAACAGCUGCUCAGGAAUCUAAUGCACUUAAAGCCAGACCACGAUCCAGGUCUUAUUCUAGCACAUCAAUAGAAGAUGCCAUGAAAAAGGGAGAAGAGCCCCCUACUCCACCUCCAAGGCCACAGAAAUCGCAUUCCAGAGCUUCCUCUUUGGAUCUGAACAAAAUAUUUCAGCAAAACACACAAGCUGUGAGGUCCGGCUGGCUGCCCCCACCACCACCUGCACUGCCCCCUCGACCUUCUGUAUCUCAGACAGAGCAACCAUCUGAGGUUGAUUUACAUCCUCAGAUGAAUAGACCCCCAUCGCAGGCAGAAGAAAACAGUUCAGCAAAAAAGGAGGUUGUUCUUGCUCAGCCGCCCUCCAAACCUGCCCGCAGGAAGCUCCGGACGGAGGCACAAGGGCUGGAGACUCCUGAGCUUUCUCCCACUAUAAAUGUGACUUCUUCCCAGCCAGCAGCCAAGGCUCAUCUCCCAGUUCAAAAACAGUCUUCCAAGCAGAAAAGGGCUAUUCAGACCGCCAUACGAAAAAACAAAGAAGCCAACGCUGUGCUCGCCAGGUUGAACAGUGAGCUCCAGCAGCAGCUGAAGGAGGUUCACAAGGAACGAAUUGCCUUGGAAACGCAGCUGGAACAGCUACGUCCUGUCACCGUCCUGUGACUUCCUGCACCGCUGUGCAGCAGCAAGAGCAGAGCACGUGUCUGACAGCCUUGCAAGGAGAGGACCUGGGUGUGGCUGAGCAGGGUUUCUGCCAAGGCGGUGGGGAGGACCAGCCUUGUCAGGUCUCCCUUCACCCCACUAUGCGCGUUUGCCUUUGCAGGUGAGGAAGAGACAGAAAACAAAUAUCUGACUGCCAGAUAUUUCUGAGUGGGAGAUGCUUCGCCUUCUUUCCUCCCUCUUUCCAGCCUAAUGUGUAAAAGCAGUUUAUCACUGAAAAGAAUAACCUAAGAGUAUUUUAUUUAUGUGAAGAAUUCCUGAUUUACAUGCAUUUUGGCAGCACCUCCUGCCCCACUCAUUAAGAGGUACAGCAUUCCUGAAUUCUUGCUUAAAUUGAAAACUCGUCCGCUGAGAUGUGCUUCUGGAUGUUACUGAUUCCUGCAGGAUUGUGUCAUGGUAGAGUACCCAUGGGUUUAACAUACCAUAGAAAUAAAACUCACAAGAUGUCCAGAAUCUUUAUCCUCAAUCACAUGUCAAAUAAUUAUUUUCUUAGUACUGUUUAUUAUGCAAUCAUGGAUGUAUUUUAAUGUUAGAGAACUUAUAUUUUAGAAGCUCAAGGCAUAUGAGCGAACAGUAAAAAAUACUAAAAUGUAGUUACUUUGGAAAUUAAAAAAAAUCUUGUUUUGAGCUACAGUUGUUUCUUAUCACUUGCUUGCAACUGCCAAUGUCUCUGCAUUCUUUUGGCAUAUUUGAGAUCAUAGAUUUAUAGCGUUUUUCUUCUUCUUUUUUUUUUUUUUUUUUUUAACCAACUGUAUUUCUAACAACAGGUUAAAAAUGCAUUCAGGGCAUUUUUAUAAAAGCAAUUCUAUGUGCAUUUGUAUUAGUCUGCUUUGUUGUCGUAAUAGCUGCUGAUAUUUUUAAGGAUGUGUACAAGAACUGUAUUUCCAAAAGAAGAAAGAUAGCAAAAGUGCUAUGUAUGAGGCUAUAAAAUGUGUGAUGGAAAUAAUUGCCUUUUACAGCAGGCUUUCGUUAAGGUUCCUUUGCACAUCAGUGGAGAUGCUACUGAUAGGAUAAAGCUGCUAAUGCCCGUCUACUUUCUAAAUGAAGAAGCAAAGAUGAAUUUUUAACCUGUGUUUGAUCCAGGGCCAACUGAAUUGCGUGGGGAUUUUUCCAUGGAUGCAGUGGUUGGUGGCUUUGGUCUCAGUUCUUACAAUGAAAGCUAGUUAGCUAAUGUUGCUGUAUUUUUUCAGGCAGCACCCUUAGGUUGGGUGACUUCAGACAUAAUAAUAUCAGCCCUGCUCCCACCAUGGCUAUGAUGUGCUUCACUGCAAGGGAAUGUCACCUACCUGUUACCCACCUUAAACAUGACGCUGCACAAUGUUUCAUGUCCUUUUGCUCACUGACCUAAUUUAAGUGUAUGUGUUUGCCUUGCAGAAGCAGUGCAAAAAUUUUGUCACUGUUGUUGGUGUGAUGCUUUCUCCCUGUAGCUAUAGGAUGGCCCUGGGGCUGAGAGGAAGGAGAAGCAGGUUUGAAGCAGCUGGGUAGCCUCUCUUCAGGGUGUGUAGUUGAAUGGCUGCCGUGGCAUAUCAGAGGGCAUCAGAGCAGCCAAAAGUUUUGUUGAGAGAUAAGAAAGGCAUCAACGAGAAUGUUUAAACUGAUGAGGAAACAGUCUACUUUUGCUGGAGGGAAUAUGGAUGUGGAAUGUGAAUCCAGAAGUCUAAAGGUGAAAAUUGCCAUUUGCAGAAUUGUUACUGAAACUCUGUUUUUGUGAUACAUUAGUUUUGAUUCAACUAAGCAUCACUAUGUCAACAAGCAACAACUGUUUUCUGUGGAUUUGGGACUUCUCUUCUGUGACUAUUGCAUAGCUGAGGUCAGACAGUCAUUCCUGGUCAGUGACAAAAUGUGAGGAAUGCAAACUUUUCUGGGAAGCUGCAAAAGAGCCACUGCCCUCUUGCUAGUAGUGAUAUUUUUCCAAAUUUAUCAUCAUUUAUUUAAUUUGUUCAUAAUACUGAGUCAUUCUGGAGAUUUAAUGAGGCUAAGUGCUCAUUCUGUUUGCUUUUUAGUUCUUACGUUGUCAUUUGGUUAAUAAACCCUUACUAUUUGAUAGAAAAUAAUUGUAUGGCACACUAGCUUUUUCUUUUAUGGGUGAUAUUUUAGGGAAGGCUUUUCAAUUAUUACAAAGAAGUGUGCUCACUGCAUUUUUAAGGCAGUGGAGGACUUUUUCAUGUUUGAUAGGAGCUUCCUUUGGAAUAAUCCUGCAUCUAUUUCACUUGAGUUAUUCAUGGACUAGAUGCUGUUCUAAGGAGUUGUGGAAGAGUCUGUUUUAUACUGUCUUUUUCAAAUGUCUCCCUUCUAAAAUAUGGAAAUUUUUUUCAUUUACUGGAAAUUAUGAAUACAUGCUUAGCCAACAAUUAAAUACUUACUUGAUUGUUACUUUACCACUGGUCUUAAUAAAUAAAAUAUUUAACCAUCCCUGCAUUUUUAAGGUUGCAGUCAAAUGCCCCUCUCAGCUUCAGUGACUAUAAUGUGAGUUGAUAUGUAUUCUUUUUGGUAAGAUGUCAGCUGUGAUGGUGAUACAAUAGCUCACACAGAGGGUAAAGUGAAAUAUUCUAGGAGAAAUGUUGGUGUGUUAUACAUAUGAUGCAGGAAGUUACUCUUCUGUGUGUCUCAACGGUUAAGCAUUUAUGAUAGCCCAUGCAAAACGAAAAAGUAUGUCUAGUUUUGGGAAACUGUUAGCAUUUUGAGGAGAGGAGAAGGCAUCAUGAAGCUACAGACAGUGCUUCUAGCACUUGCUCCAUGCCAUGCUCAUGGCUACUGUUAACAGGCCCUGGCUGGUCAAAGUUCACAUCUAAAUCCAGUAUCACAGAUUUUGUCAAAAAUUAUUUUUCGUUUAGAAAAAUGUGAGUGAAGCAAAAUCAUAAUUUCUUGCAGAAACCUUUGCUUUCUCAAACUUUGGAUGGGAGAUGCUCCUAAAUCACCUGAUAACCUUUCUGUGAAAUAUUUGUUUCAAUAUCUGGUAAUUCUGUGGUGAAAAAAGGAAAAUGCCUAGCUAAGUUCAGUGACCGGUUGCCUUUGUGGAUAUGCCAUUUUUAUUUGAGCCUUUAAAAAUAAAUAAUGACCUGGAAAUUAAUCAAGGCAGAGUUUCCAUUUCAGUGGCAUUCCUUUAUUAAACUACCUAUGAACGCACAUUAAUCCUUAAGGAUCGUUGUCCUUCUCCUAGUUAUUAAUCUUAUGCUGGGAUGCAGUGGAAACAUUACCAACUCUUUCCAGACACUCCUCAGUUCAUUCUUCCAGAGAGUUCUGGUGAUGUAGCAAAAGUGUCAGUGAUUAGUCAAUGCAGCCCUGUUGCUGCUAAGUUGUUAAAUAACCUUUUAAAAACAGAAUAUUAACUUCAGACUGCAUGGUGGUAGUUUUGCUGCUGGAAAUUCUGUAUCCACAUUGAGGGAGAGAUGAUUGGCUGUAAUUCGGACUGUCCCAGCUUGACAGAUGAUCAGCUUAGUGCCAUGGUCUAGUAACCACUGUGGUAGUGGAUCAGGGGUUGGACUUGAUGAUCUCAGAGGUCCUUUCCAACCUGUCUGAUUCUAUGAUUCUGUGAUCAGAGGGCUGGAGCACCUCUCCUAUGAGGACAAGCUGAGAGUUGAAGUUGUUCAGCCUGGAGAAGACAAGGCUCUGGGAAGACCUUUUAGCACCUUCCAGUACCUAAAAGGGGCUACAGGGGAGCUGGAAAAGGACUUUUUUAUACAGGCAUGUAGUGACAGGACAAGGGAGACUGGCUUCAAACUGAAAGAGGGCAGGUUUGGAUCAGAUACUAGGGAGAAGUUUUUUAUAUGGGGGUGGUGAGACACUGAAACAGGUUGCUGGAGAAGUUGUAGAUGCCUCAUUCAUGGAAGUGUUCAGGGUUGGAUGGGGCUUGAGCAACCUGGUUUAGUGGAAGGUGUCCCUUCCCUUGGCAGGGAGGUUGGAACUAGAUGAUCUUUUAAGGUCCCUUCCCAUCCAAGCCAGUAUAUGAUGCUACAGCACUGCCAAGCUAACCAGCAUGAGGUGGUGAGCUUUUGCAGGUUAAAAUGACCCCAAAGUGGUGGUUGGGAUUUGGAACCCUUCAGAGAAAGCAUUUAGGAUGGGCAUGAUGUGAAAAUUGCCUGUUGGUGGUGUAUAUGUUGCUUUCCUCCCAGCUGAGCUUCCAGAUCAGGAGGAAGAGAGCCUGUAAAAGUUGCUAGCUGGGGAAUGAGGGAUGUCCAUUUCCCAGCACCUUCAGCCUUCAGCAUACGCAGGCCUUGACAAGAAAAUACAUGGGCUUAUGAAGCCGCAUAUUUUAUUGACUAAAGAGUAUUUUUUCAGGAAAAAAAUAAAUCUAAGUGAUGUAGUGUCUUUGAGAAGAGAUGAUGUAUUUUGAAGCUUUUUUCAGCUAUCUUCAUGAUAACGUGCUAUGAACAUAUGCAUUAUGUUUUACUCUGUUACUGAUUUUUUGAUAUAAAAAUUGUAUUGCAAGCGUUGUCAUUGUUAAUCUAAAAAAAAUACCCCGAGGCUAUUAAAUAUUUGAAUUUUAACUUACUAGAUAGCCAGAUUUAAGUAAUUUGUUUUCACAGCUGCAGACUGUCCCCAUGGUAAGCUGCAAAUUGUAUAGUGUUCUAUACUGUACCCAUCUAAUUUUGGAAAAUGUAUGUGAUAUGAAGCUGGGUGCUACAUUAAAAUAAAAGCGUCCAAUAACUUCAAA